AUGAGCAGAGGGGAGGGGAGACCCGCCGCCUCCCUCCCUGGCUCGCUGACUCGCUCCCUCCCGGGUUGCGGCUGCUGCAACGGUGGCGGCGGCGGUGGCAGCAGCAGUGGGAGCAGUCUGGAGGCCGGCGUCGAGGAUUUGCUGCUGUCUCUGCUGCUCCAUCCUUCCCACAGAGGCCCUCUCCCCUCUCCCAUCUCAAGAUGGCAGCCAGCAGCUCUGAGGUCUCUGAGAUGAAAGGGAUAGAGGAGGGUCCCCAGACUCAGGGAGAAGGGCCUGGCCAUUCUGAAGCCAGAAUUGGCCCUCUCCAGGUCCCAGCUGGGGUCUCAGAUGAGCCAGAGGCCCUACAGCCAGGCCCAGACAUCACUGGGGCCCCUGUGGACUCAGAGCUCAAGGCUGGGCUGGUUCCAGAAACCACAGAGACCCCAACUGGGGCCCCAGAAACAGCCCAGGCCAGAGACCUCAGCUCAAGCCCAGGAGGGGAAUCAAAGGCCCACUCCAGCCCGGAAGAAGCAUGCCAAGAGCCAGCAUCCAAACCCGAAGUGAGCAAAGAGGCCACUGCAGACCAGGGGUCCGACCUGGAAUCUGCAGUCCCACUUGAGCCAGCCUCAGAGCCCACUCUCCAGCUGGACCCCCAGUCAGACCCUCAGCCAGACCCCCAGCCAGGUUCCCAGCCCACCCCCAAGCCAGCUCUUCAGCCAGAGCCCUCCACCCAGGAGGACCCCACUCCUGAGGUCCUGACUGUGGGGGAAAAGCAGGAGAAUGGGGCAGUGGUUCCCCUGCAGGCUGGCAAUGGUGAAGAGGGCCCAGCCCCCCAGCCUCACUCACCACUCUCAACAAAACCCCCCCCAGCCAAUGGGGCUCCCCCCCGCGUGCUGCAGCAGCUAGUUGAGGAGGAACGACUAGGAAAGGCUCACAGUGGUCAUCCAGGAUCUCCUCGAGGUAGCCUGAGCCGCCACCCCAGCUCCCAGCUGGCAGGGUCUGGGGUGGAGGGGGGUGAAGGCACUCAGAAACCUCGGGACUACAUCAUCCUCGCCAUCCUGUCCUGCUUCUGCCCCAUGUGGCCUGUCAACAUCGUGGCCUUCGCUUAUGCCGUCAUGUCCCGGAACAGCCUGCAGCAGGGGGACGUGGAUGGGGCCCAGCGCCUGGGCCGCGUGGCCAAGCUCUUAAGCAUCGUGGCACUGGUAGGGGGGGUCCUCAUCAUCAUCGCCUCCUGCGUCAUCAACUUAGGCGUGUAUAAGUGAGGGGCUCUGCCCUGCAUUCCAAGACUUUUCCUCCUGUUGGGAGCUGCCUUGGGCCCAUCCUCCCCUGGGGGGAGCCCAGUCGAUGGCCCAGGCCCGCACCCAUAGGGACCAAGGGAGCCUGAGCGGCCUUGUUUACAGCUUCCUUCCUGCUCCUGCAUCCUGCCAGGCUCCUCUGCCAACCGUAGGCUUCCCUUCUCCCUGCACUGUUUCCAACCUUCUUGCACUUCUGCCUGCAUCCCCUCCAGCCUCUCGGCCUCCCUAUCCCUGCACUUCAGGAAACCUCCCUGCACUUCUGGAAACCUCCCUGAACAUCUCCCAGACUCUCUUUGCUCUCAGCCUCCCUGCAUCUCUCCCAUCCUUCCUGCACUUCUCCCAACCUCCCAAAUCCCCUGCACCUCAACCCUGGUCUCCCCUCCCAACUUUCAUUGUCUUGGCAUCUUCCCCCAUUCCUUUCUUCCUUCAUCAUCUCCCCUUCCCUCUCCACACCCUCCACCCCCUUCCUCUUCCUGCCUCCUCAUCCCGCCUCAGCAUCCUUUCCUCCCCUCAGGAUCCUCUCCUCCACCCUCCUGCCACAAAGACUCCAGCACUUAGAUCAGGCUGGGGGAGGGGAGCGGUGCCGGGAAAGGGCUCCCUAGCCCCAGGCUCCGACUGUUCUCUGCUCGGACCACCCAGGCCCAGACGCCGUCAGGCGCGGGUCCCAGAGCUGGCAAGCCAGGCCUCAGUUUGGGGACUCGUGCAGGGGUGGCGAGCACUGUUCCGACCACGCACCUGGGAGAAGGGAGAGGCGCGGCUGUUGACCCUCCCAGGGCAGCCUGAGUUGACCUGUCUGACCUAGGCUUUUUAACCCAGUCAGCGAGUUCCUUAAAGGCGUUGGGGCUAGGGUUAUUCACGUGCUUUGUAACGAAAGAACCCCAAAAAUAGGACCAAAGCUCCCAGCUGCAGGGAGCGAGGGAGGGGCGGGGAGCUCUAUAAUUAUUUUCUGAGAGGACAAGGGAGGUUUGUUGCACGCGACAGCCCACUGAGGAGGCAGGGACCCAGCGACGACGCGGUUCGGAGUUGGCGGGUUUUUUGUUUUCUAAAAAAAGUAUGGGAAGAAAAACUAAAAGUCUAAAAAAAAGGAUACAUCAAACUGAUUCUCCCUUUUUGUAUGCCGGAUGCUGCAUGAGUCUGAAACACUAAUAAACGGAGACUGCAUGAGA